CAAAUCCCUAGAUGCAACGCGCGGAAAACUCCUUUGCCGGAAAUUUCGAAGUGGGGCUCAGUUACCUAGCUCAUUCAGACUCAUCAAAGACCACUGGUGCAAUGUCAUUGAGUGUGGUAAAUUCCAAUCUGUCCUCCCUGAAGUCAUGUCAGGCAGACCUCAACACUGGGAUGGACAUGGUAAAGGACGUAGCCCUUGACCUUGUUGAAUCUGGAGGAGAUGAGAAGGAUGCCAAGAAGCUGACGGAGCUGAUGCUGAAUCUGGCGAGGCUGGAUGCAGAGAUGCACUGCUUUGUGGAGGCCAUUGGGCACAUCACACAGGCCCAAAGGGAGUCACCGGACACUCCGCAUGCCCUCAGAGCCAUGGCAGAGAACGAGUUCAUGAAGCUCAAGGCUGGUCUAGCCAACAGAGACUUCCAGAAGCACUCCAAAGUGGUGACCUUCCAGCAGAGCCUUCAGUCCUCGGCCAAGCAGUCCAACCCCUUGGCCUCCGCCACCAGUAUGGAGGAGGAGCUCGAUGAGGACAUUGCGGUGACGCAGAGCCAGGUGAACUUCACCUGCCCCCUCACACAGUUGGAGAUGACCAAUCCUGUGAAGAACAAGAAGUGUAAUCAUCACUACGAGCAGGAAGCUGUGCUCAGCAUGAUCAAGAGGAGGCAAAACCAACACAAGAAGUUCUGCUGCCCCGUCAUCGGCUGUGGAAACACGAGCGUGACGCAGUCGGACCUGGUGCCGGACGCAGCUAUGAGGAGGAUGAUCCAGAACCAGAAGAAGCAAGGAACCAAGGCGUGAAAAUCCAUGUGUGGGUGUAUAUAUACAUGUCUUUGUACAUAAUUAUACAUAUUUUUAAAUUAAUAAAAUUCAU